UUCUAUGUUUAGCUUGUUUAUUAUUUAAUUUGAUUUAAAACCUAAUAGCAAAUGUUGAGAAAUUGGAUUUUGGAUAAGAGAAUAACUCAUGUUCAUUUGCACACAGAUGUUGAUUUAUAGUAAUAAUUCACAAGUUAAAUAUUGUGAACAGAAUUUCGCAGCACUGAUUUGGUUUUAUGCAAACUUAGAAGAAUGUUUCUCUCAAGAUUGAGAUAUUGCUUACUUUUUUUUGGUUGUGUAAUCAUUUUUUUUGUGGUGAUGCACAUGUUUAGUAAAAAUUAUUUUAAAAUGCUGAACUCUGUUAAUGUUCCAUGGCAACAUAUUUCAAAUAGAAAUAAUGAUGAUACAAACAGCAAAAUUGAUUUUGAAAAUAAAAUUUCAUUCCGAAAUCAUAUAGAUAAAUCUGAAGUUGUUAAUAUUAAAGUGGAAAAAGAAAAAGAAACAUAUACAAUAAAUGAAAGUAGUUCUGAUAUCAAAUUAGUAUCAAAUCAGGAUAAUAAUGUUAAGAAACCUAAUGUUGAGUUGGAUUUAAAAAUAGAAAAUAUAAUUUCAAAUACAAUAUCAAAUAUUACUAAUGAACAAAUAAAUAGCAAUCAACCCUGUUCUUUGAGAGGAUCAAGGCUUGUUGGGGCACUAUAUGUUGAUCAGUCUGUACCAAGUCUAAAAGAUUUAGAAAAAAUGUACAGUGUGGAUUUUGGUGGAAUGAUUGAAAAAGGUGGAUGGUGGAAACCCAAACAAUGUGUUGAAAGGGUCAAGGUAGCAAUAGUGAUUCCGUUCAGAAACCGCAAUGAUCAGUUAUUAAUUUUUCUACGCCACAUGCAUCCUUUACUGAUGAGACAAGAGUUAUAUUACAGAAUAAUUGUUGUAGAGCAGCUAGAAAAUGAUCCUUUUAACAGAGCAGGACUUUUCAAUGUUGGAUACACCGAAGCAUUAAAGAUAGCAGAUUUUAAUUGUUUUAUAUUUACUGAUGUGGACUUACUUCCUGAAGAUGAUCGCAAUUAUUAUGGUUGCCCGACAUCACCUCGACAUAUGUCUGUUGCUGUUGAUAAAUUUCAAUACCAACUUCCAUAUGAAACUAUAUUUGGUGGUGUAGCAGCAUUUACAAAGGAACAUUUUGUUAGUAUCAAUGGAAUGUCAAACCUUUUUUGGGGUUGGGGAGGAGAAGAUGAUGAUCUUUACAGAAGGAUUGUUACUAUGGGCUACAAGUUGACUAGACCUUCUUUAUUGACUGGCCGUUACACUAUGGUAAAAUUUAAUCAUUUUCAAAGUUCUCAGGCAGAUCCUAACAGAAUGAAUUUAUUGAAGAAUUCCGAUGAACGAAUGACAGUCGAUGGCUUAAACACCUUAAAAUAUACUUUGAAAGAGGUUGAUCAACAGCCCUUGGUCACUUUUGUCAGAAUAACAAUGUCUAAAUCCAUGUACAAUAUGUAAUGCGCUUCCUCUAGAUUUUAAUUGAAGGACAAUUUGACACUAGAUAGAUUUGACACUAAAAUCUUACACUUAUAUCCGAAAUGUUAAUCGAUAUUUACACUUAUAUCCGAAAUUUACAAUCGAUAUCGAAAAUGUAAAAGUCUAAAUAUCGAAAUCGGUAUUUGCACUUAUAACCGAAAUGUUAAUCGAUAUUUAAACGAUUAAAUCAGUUAUUUA